GACAGCCAACUCGAUCAUAAAGAGCUAUGCAGGGAGCUGUAUAUUGAAACGGGCAAUAAAUAAUUGAGGGUGAAGUCACAUGACCUUCAUGGUUAUAGCAGGAUUCCUCCCUACCUGGUAUCUGGUUACACUUAAGGAUCAAGUUCUAACAUCCUGGCUGGUGAAUUAUUAAACCCCCACUAGCCGCGUUUUCCUUUUCAAAGUAAGUGUGCCGUCUCUUCUGUGGUGUUGGAGAGGAGGCUAAGGGUGUGUGGAACUGGAUUAAUACAUGUUCCUGAGGACUGUAGACCUUCUCAACAUUUCCGAUCCUUGGGAGGAACUCUCGGGUCGUCGUUAAACACUCGAGGGUAUGGAGCAGUCCUACAGAUCUACCAUCUCUAUCUACAAGGUGAGGCUUGGUACCUUGUGUGCGUGUUCUGGAACAUAAGAACUACCAUGGAUUGGCUGAAGGAAAUGUGAAUUAGAAAGACUUUCCUUAAUGAGGGGUUGCACAAGAGAGGGAUAAAAAGGAACCAAAGAUCUGGCACUGGGGAAAAAAUAAAUAGGGAAAUUUGCUUGAUUCUUAACAUCUCUGAUCCAGAUCUCAGACAGCACACAUUCAAGGGAUAUGGAUUUUGAACCCGGAACAGGCAGCCGUUACAAUCUGUGACAGCACAAACCACGUGGCACUUGCACUGAAAGAGGCUCUUAACCUGAUCAGGUUUGCGGACAAAUUGAUAGCUGCUUCACCCUUUAUGUAGCAUUAAUAUUCACUGCCAUUAUACUAGAGUUUCCAAGCAAGCAUGGAGUGACUGGAGGUGGGCGCGCUUCCUAAAUACUCCUGGCUGUGUCCUAGAGAGCUCUCAAGCCACAGGCCCCAAGAGGGGUACACAGCAUGUUUCAGAACAUGCUACUGCCAUUCACUCUGGUGUAGUCAUGACAGUCACGAUUGCUGCAUAAUAUGUAAAGUGGCUCUCUUUAAGGUGGAAGAAGCAGAAGCUGAUGUCCUGCUUUUUACUGUUUAACACAAGGCUCACAUGGGACUCUUUUCGUAAAGGAAUUAGAUCCAAUUCAAGACAGACUUGGACUUCAGGCUUAAAGAUGCAGCACAUGAGAGAGGCAGCAGCAGAGGAGAUGCCUGGGUGGGCGAUAUCUGAAAAGAAGAAGGUUGCUAUCUAGCAAUGGACAUAACACUUCUAUUCUUUGCAUUUCAAUAAUCCUGGGAGACAUUUGCUAUUCUACACUAUUUGGCCCAGCUGAGCUGAAACAGUUAGUUGCAGGCGAGAAUCUGUUGUUUUAAGUUUAGAACAGAGUUCUAUCUUACUUGCCUUUCCUCUACAUGGAAAAGCCUCCAGUGCUGAUCAUUUUGGUAGUCUUCCUCUGAAUUUUUCACAACUCUACAAUAGCCUGUUCCCCAAAGUGGGUGUUUCCAAUUUGCUGCCAAGAUUAGGGAAGCCAAUGAGGUGCCUUUCUGUUUUCACUGGACUCCAGCUCACAUCAGCCCAGCCACAUUGGCUACCCCUGCCAUAGGGACUGUUUCCACCAAAAAGGUUUCCUCGGGUGAUUUGAGAGCCAUGCUAAUAUGCUGUUGUAUGUGUUUAUUUUUUAAAUCCUUCCUUCACGCGGAUGGUUCACAGAGCAUCCUGGAACAGUUUAACCCAGCUCUGGAGAAUCUGGUCUACCUGGGUAACAAGUAUGUGCAGGCUUUCCAUGGUGAGUGGCGAUGUUAACUGACUGUCUGCAGGUGAGAGGUGAAUAUCUGUGUCCACCGUGUUGGCCCAUCAGCCCUAUGGAGAUGUUUGAUGUACACCUGGGGCUAUGACGAAACUAAGAUUGUGGCUGUUGACUUUGCCUCCUCAACAUGCCCAAGGACCACAUGUAGAGAAGAACACCUGCACAAGGACACUUGUGUACAGUAAUAAUAAUAAUAAUAAUAAUAAUAAUAAUAAUAAUAAUUUAUUUGUACCCUGCCCACCUGACUGGGUUUCCCCAGCCACUUUGGGCGACUGCCAACAAAGAUUAAAAAUGCAUUAAAAUGUCACACAGAAAAAACUUCCUUGAUGUCUUCAGAUGUCUUCUAAAUGUCAGGUAAUUGUUUAUCUCUUUGACAUCUGAUGGGAGGGCAUUCCACAGGGCAGGCACCACUACCAAGAAGUCCCUCUGCCUGGUUCCCUGUAGCUUUGCUUCUUGCAGUGAGGGAAUUGCCAGAAGGCCCUCGGCACUGGACCUCUGUGCCCGGGUGGAACGAUGGGGGUGGAGACGCUCCUUCAGGUAUACUGGGUAUACUCCUUCAGGUAUACAGUAGACAUGAAUUGCAUAUGUAGUACACAUGUAACAUACCAAGCACACAACUGAUGCCAUUGUAUAUACAGUAAUCUCCAGUGCUCGACCUAUGGUGUCCUUGAGGGAGGAGUCAGCAAGUCUAAUCAGAAGCCCAUCCUCCUUGCUCCUAUGCCAGCUGUCCCAACAGCAACUGGAGGACACCCAGUCUGGCAAGGCUUUCACAGGGGGUUCUGGGUUCUGCUGACAAGUCUUCUGAAGAUGGUGGAAGGAAGUGAGGAGGGGUGAGCCACGGAGGGUGGCAGCAAAUGGAAGAGAGCAGAAAUGGAGAGCAAAGGGGAGGAACUGUGAAGGAGGAGCAAAAAAGAUGAGGAGUUGCAGGCAGGGAGAGGAAGCCUCCUAAUUCUCCUCUUUGAAAUUUCUGCAGCGUUAUCCGAGGCUGCCGAUGUCUAUUUUACAGCAAUCCAAAAGAUUGGGGAGCAAGCCCUGCAGAGCUCUACUUCGCAAAUAUUGGGUAAGAUUCCUGCUGCUGCACUCUUCUCUUCUGCAGGUCCAAGACCCCUUAAGUGGUGGGAGCAGGAGUUGCCCCCACAUAUUUUCCUGGCAGCAUUCCUGUGUUUGUUAAGAGGGGAGGGGGUGUUACUGGGUUGUUGUUUUUAUUGUGAUGAUAUAUAUUGUGGUUUUAUAUUUUGAUUUUGUUCUGUGAACCGCCCUGAGACCUCUGAGUAUAGGGCGGUAUAUAAAUUCAAUCAAUCAAUAAAAAAUAAGAGCCGCAGAAUGUUAUCUAGUCUAGAGAUGAAACUGUCCUGUUGUAUUCCUAUAAUUUUAUAAGACUGAAUGCAAGAAGAGCCCUGCUAGAUCAGGCCCAAUUGCCCAUCUGGUCCAGCAUCCCUGUUCUCAUGGUGGCCAACCAGAUCAAGCAGGACUCAAGGGCCACAGUGCUCCCCCAAUGGGAUAUCCAGCAACUCAUAUUCAAAGGCUUACUGCCUCGCACAGUGGAGGCCUUAGAGGUCUUGGGCAGAGUUUGGGUUUGCAUGUCACAUUAAAACAUAGUUUAAAAGAAAUGAUGGUUUAACAGGAGUGUGCAGUGUGCACUGAAAAAUUCUUGCUUUGUUCCUGCUACUUUCAUGCUGCUGGGAAUCCAGCCAGAGCCUAGUUUGUUGUGUCACCUGAACCUUGGUUAUCACUUGUGAUUUGUUUACAGAGAAACAAACCACAAGCCUGGGUCUGGACAUCGCAGCAAGCCAGACUCUGGCUUGUUUCCCGGUAGCAGACCAGGAGAGGAGCGGAGAGAAAACGUUUUGGCAGUGUUCACCACGAAGCUCCAUGGCCAUGUGAAACCAUAGUUCAUUUUUCACUCUUGCUUGAGGCAGAAAUCAGAAGAGAACUGUUUGUAAUAAAUGCAUUCUUUGAGUGAAUGCUGGACUUCUUGUUCUUUUUUAUUUUAUUUUACAGUAAACAAAAAACAAACAAAUGAAACAUCAAGCUAAAAGUAAUUAUAAAAACAGUAAUAAGAACAAGAAAAAUAACAUUGCAAUAUAUAUAAUAUAAAUAUAAACAAUAUACUUAUAAAUGUUCAUAGAAAGCUUAAAAAAAGACUUCAUAGUGCAAAAUAUAUUCCAUAGUGGAAUACAAGGUUCAUAUUUAAACCAAACAGAUGGAAUAAUAAUGAAUGGGCUUAUAUUCAAAUGGCAUGUGAGAAAUGUAAGAUGCUUUUUUAGAGUCUUGUGUGAAAAUAUCCUACAGAGCAACAGAAUGUUUCACAUUCCACUUUACUUCUUCUUCAUCCGCUCAUGUAGUUCAGAAAUUUUUAACCUGGUUUUCAACUAGAAACUCAAUUUUUAAGACAGCUAAAAAGAAAAUUAGCUCCACCCUCCAUACCUUUGGUUUAACUUCAAACAGUGCAAUCUUACACACAUUGAUUCAUAAGUAAGCCUCAGCAGGAUUCAAACAGGUCUUUCCCUAGAUUGCAUUCUGAAUCGCUUCUCACAGACUUUUCAUACAGGUUAUCAAAGUAAUUAUAAUAACUGAACUUUUGUUCCAAGAUAACACUUUGCAUAAGGUCAUAUAUCACUGGCACUUGGAUAAUAGGUCAUUUAUUGUUUUCAGUAUAUAGUGUGUUUGAUAAUUUCUGUAGUGACUUUUAGAGGGCAAAGUUCCUCAUCAGUCUUUAUCUAACCUUAAAUUCAUUCUUCCUCAUGUCACUCUGUCAGAACAGGAUGCUGGACUAGACGGGACUUUGGCCUGAUCCAGCAGGGCGUGUCUUUUGUUCAAGAAUUUCACAAAGAAUUCUCUUUUUCUUUCUUCCUCGAAGGUGAAAUCUUGAUACAGAUGUCUGACACCCAAAUUAACUUGAACCGCAAGCUGGAAGCAGUCGUGAGUAUCUGGGAGGGACAUUUGUGCAAUAAUGGGAGGUUGUAUAGGGAAAUAGCCGAGUCUCAUGCUUGUGAUUCUAACAUGGUGGUUGAGUUUCAUGUGUGUAAUAGAAAGGAGAAUUAAUUUUCCUCUUGCUUUGCUUGCCUGUUACUCACAUUUUGUCCAUGCACAAGGAAUAACAUUAUGUGUGAGUCUGCACAGUACAUGUUUGCAGCUGCUUGCCACUAUUUUUAUUUAUAUAGUUAUGCUUAGAUAGAUUUGCAUAUAUGCUCAGUCAUAAAACUCUCUAAGCAGUGUAGAACAAGUAAAAAUAUAGGUAUCUAGAAUACAUAUCUAUGGACUUGCUGAAAUAAAGCUUUUGGCUGAUGUCUAAAACGAUAUUGGGUGGCUGUCAACCUAACAUCAAUAGGCAGGGAUGGUCUCUGUAAAGUGGGGCACGUGGUUGUGGCUCUCCUAAUCUAGCUCUAUAUUAGAGGAUAGUCUACAGUCACAGUUCUCCAGGGUUCAGGGAUGAAUGGAUCUGUCAAUUUCAGCUUCUCUCAGUUUUCCAUCCCUGCCUCUAAUCUUUCAGUUCUUCACAUUUCCACAUCCGUUUGAGAUUUUUAAAAAGUAAUCAUGAAAAUUCACCAGCAUUUUAGUGCAUUUUCUUUCCUAAUAUCCACAUCUGUAUGCAAUAUCUUCUCAUGUCCAUAUUUUUGCAAAGCAUUUCCCCCUAAUAUAAUGAAUUUCUCUGUGCUGUUUUGGCUAAGAUAUGCAUUUUCAAUGCACGCUUGAGCCCAGUAUAUGCAUUUUUGUACACAUUACUUGACUGGAGUUCUGCACUGCAAAAUUUAGAGAAGUGUGAAUUUUGAAGGAUGGCUGUGUUUCGGUUUUUGGGUUGUUUCAGAAAGUGAGAAUUAGGCCGAAUUGCCUUUAUAUUUCAAAUGAAUCACAUUUCUUCCCCAUCCCUAGCUGAACCAUACUCGGUCUUCUGAGCUCUGCUAAUAAUUAGGAACAUAGGGAUCUGCUCAUGUUCAGACUAUUUGUCCAUUUAGUCCAGUGUUGUCUACUCUGGCAACAUUUCUCCAGGGUCUCAGGCAGAGGAGGGUCUUCCCCAUCACUUGUUAUUUUGAAACUGGAGAUGCUGGUGAUCAUCUGCAUGCAAAGCAUGUUCUCUCUACCACUGGGCUAGGACGGGUUUCCCACUUAAUGCCCAGUUUUUUGAGCCAGGUGAGGGAUGCUAAAUUGGUUCCUAACAACUUCCUCUUCUCUGAGCAGGCGCAGACCUUCCAUGCAGAUUUGCUGCAGCACAUGGAGAAGAACACUAAGCUGGAUGUACAGUUCAUCAAUGUAAGUUCCUGUCUCACCCUUGUCUUCCCCUUUGAGUCAUCCCUUUGACUCCUGAAAGGUCUUGGCCUUGCACACAGCACUGUAACACAGAAUAGCAGAAUAAUGUGCUGAGAGCUGCCAGGAGACCCCUAUCAGAGAGCUAUGAUUUCCAGAGUCGUUUAACAAUAAAUUCCAGGGAACAGGGAUCUCCUAACAGCUCUCAGCACCUUUAAUAGAUAACAGUCCCCAGGAUUCUUGGGGGGAAACCAAGACUGUUUCAAGUGGUAUCAUAGCACAUUAAAAGUAUGGUGUGGCUGUGUACCUUGACUCAGGAGCAAUGAAAACGUACUUUGUUGUUGUUAAGGUACAGUCAAACCUUACAUCCUGAAUGCCUCCAUUUUGGAACUUUUCGGCUCCCGAACACUGAAAACCCGGAAGUAAACGCUCCGGUUUCCGAACGUUUUUUGGAAGCUGAACGUCCGACACAACUUCUGCUUGAGUGCAGGAAGCUCCUGCAACCAGUUGGAAGCCACGCCUCAGUUGUCGAACAUUUUGGAAGCCAAAUGGGCUUCCAGAACGGAUUAUGUUUGACAACCGAGGUUUGACUGUAUUCAAAUUUAUUUCAGCAAACUAUUGUGCAGGGACUGAAUCUUACCCCCCUUUUUUUUCUUAGCCAGGAGUUCAGGCUUUUGUCUUUAAAUGUAUAUAUUUUAAAAAUCUUUUCAAUGUGCCUGCUCAUAGGAUAGCCGGCAGCGAUAUGAGAAGGAACACAGACGCAGAACUGCCAACAUAGAUAAAUGCAUUUCGGAUCUCUGGAGAAUGGAGAGAACGCGAGACAAGAAUGUCUGGGAGAUGAAGGUGUGGAACAAUAUGGAGGCUGCUUUAAGAUGGGUGGCCCCUUGGCACUGCCCAGUCGUUGCUCUUUAGCUGAAAGCCAGGAGUGGAAUUGCGAUUGGCUUUCCAGACUAUUGGGGGGUGUUUUGUGCUUUUAAAGUGCAUGCACCCCAUUAUAGUCUGUCUGCACCAGUGGGUGAGACAUAGCUGCUUCGGGUGUUGCCAUUUGAAGCUCAGCACUCGUAGUGUAGUGGUUAGGGUGUUGGAUUGUGGCCUGGGAGACCAGGGUUCAAAUCCCCAGUCAGUCAUGAAGCUCACUUAGGUGACCAUGGGCCAGCCACUGCCUCUCAACACAACCUACCUCUCAGAGUUAUUGUGAGGACAAUUUGGAAAGGGGGAGAGACAUAUACACCACUUUGAGAUCCUUGGAGGAAAGGCGGGAAAGCAAAGCAAAAAUAAAUAAAUACAUGGCAGCUAGACUGGUGGCUGGGAGCGGCCGCCAAGGCCAUAUAACACUGGUCUGGAAAGACCAACACUGGCUCUCAGUACAUUUCCGAGCACAAUUCAAAGUGUUGGUGCUGACCUUUAAAGCCCUAAACGGCCUCUGUCCAGUAUAUCUGAAGGAGCGUCUCCAUCUCCAUUGUUCUGUCCGGACACUGAGGUCCAGCGCUGAGGGCCUUCUGGCAGUUUCCUCGCUACGAGAAGCCAAGUUACAGGAAACCAGGUAGAGGGCCUUCUCGGUAGUGGCGCCUUCCCUGUGGAACACCCUCCCACCAGAUGUCAAAGAGAAAAAUAACUACCAAACAUUUAGAAGACAUCUGAAGGCAGCCCUGUUUAGGGAAGCUUUUAAUGUUUAAUAGGUUAUUGUAUUUUAGUGUUCUGUUGGAAGCCGCUCAGAGUGGCUGGGGAAACCCAGCCAGAUGGGUGGGGUAUAAAAAUAAAUUACUAUUAUUAUUAUGAAGCAAAUUGCCUCUGGGUGUGGGGCAAGGAGAUGAUGAGUUAGUGCCCCUGGGACCCUGGCUUGCCAGUUCACCUACCCAGCAACUGCCACCUGCUCACCCAGCUCCUGUGGCACUUUCCCGCCAUUCCUAUACCUCACUCUGAGGAAGGGGGUGCCUCUUCAGAAUAAGGAAUUCUGGGUGAGGUGUCCUGAGAGAGUGCUGCGCUGUUACUGCCAUAAAAAUUUAAAAUUAUUAGUCGUUCAACAAAAAAAUUAAAAGAGAAUUUCUAAAGGGCUGCAGUGAAGCAGCAGGUGUGGGCACACGCCUGGGCCCCAGAGGGCUCACUCUGAGGAAGGCUGACAUAGAUCCUUCCUCCCCUCACUCCAGGAGAACAUGAUGCGCUUGCACACCGAGAUGCAAGAAUUUGUCACUGAGAGCCAGAAGGCUGCUGAGCUUGAGGAGAAACGCCGCUACCGCUUCCUAGCUGAGAAGCACCAGCUACUCUCCAAUAACUUCCUGCAGUUCUACACCAGGGUAAGACAUAUGUAAUAAGAGGGAGGUAUGUAGGGAAAGGGUGCCUCAGCGUACCCAGAUUUGGUGGUGGAGGGGAUGGUUUAAUUUGGCAUUAAAGGAGAAACAGGGAACGCGUGACCCUCCCCAGGCGUUGUUGGACUACAGCUCCCAUCAUCCUUGAUCAUUGGCCAUUCUGGCUGGGGCCGAUGGGAAUUGCAGUGGAACAACACCCAGAAGGCCGCAGGUUCCUCAUUUGUUGUAUUAAAGGGAGUCUGGUGAGAAGCCUUCUCUUGGAGGGAACCAAGAGGCUUUCACUAUAGCAAGAGACCCCAGUUCCUUACCGUGAAUAGCCACAAAUCACCCAGUUAAUCAUAGAAUAUUAGAAUGUACAGUGCUUGAGGAACUCUGAGAACCCUGAUUUCCAGAUUUCAAAGAUAUCAAGUUUCUAGCCCUUAAGGAAGCAGCUAAGACAUGGGAAAUAUAUGGCUAACAUUAUUUGCUUGCUAAAAGCUCAGAAACUGGGGAAGGUAGGGAAUCCAUCGCCAGAUGAUGAAACGUUAGUACUCAGCACAGCUCCCGGUUUCUCUUCAGUACUAGUUUCCCUGAUUUACAAGCUUGUUUCUCACCAACAUUUUAUGAAUGCUGACCUUCCUUGUCUCGGGGCUUAUUUUGGUUCCUGUAAAAAGAGCUGGGAGAAAGGAGGGGAAGGAAUUCUGCAAAGUCAAAUCAAAUUGCCUACAAAUAACAUAACCAACUAGGGACGCAGGUGGCGCUGUGGGUUAAACCACAGAGCCUACGACUUGCCGAUCAGAAGGUCGGCAGUUCGAAUCCCUGCGACGGGGUGAGCUCCCGUUGUUUGGUCCCAGCUCCUGCCAACCUAGCAGUUCGAAAGCAUGUCAAAGUGCAAGUAGAUAAAUAGGUACCGCUCCAGCGGGAAGGUAAACGGCGUUUCUGUGUGCUGCUCUGGUUCACCAGAAGCGGCUUAGUCAUGCUGGCCACAUGACCCGGAAGCCAUACCCCGGCUCCCUCAGCCAGGAAAUCUAGAUGAGCACCGCAACCCCAGAGUCGGUCAUGACUGGACCUAAUGGUCAGGGGUCCCUUUACCUUUACCUUUAACAUAACCAAACACUGCAUAUUGAACAAACAAGCACCCAGUUUGCAUAACUGUAUAUAUUCUAAAUGCAUUGUUUGGUUUUGUGUCGGAAUCUCUUAAAUAUAGCGUCAAGUGGCCAUUUUUACAACUUUACUUGGCAGGCAGAAAUUUGUGGGACCUCUUCCAUUAGACGAAGAUUGGUGGUAGUGGUGAUUUCUCCUUGCUGCAAUCUUUGGGACUGCUGUUUAGAAUAAGAUGUGGGUCGCACCUCCUGCUUCCCCCUUUGUCAUUAUACUUCCCAGACUCUGUUAUUGUCUUCUUUCCUCCUGCGAAGGCCUGCGCCAUCAUUCAGAGCAAGGCGCCACUGUGGAAGGAACAGCUGGAAGCCACCCGAAAUCCUGCCCCAACCUCGCUCAGCAGCACAACGCUCAGCCCGAGUCAUCCAUCUGGCUCUCUGGCUCCUGCUCCUUCCCAUCUCGAGAUGGUAAGAAGAUGAAAGGAACCUUGGGCAGGAAGGGUUUAUAAAACGAGGCACAUCUGGGGUAUAAUUACCAAAGUUAGCCACUGGGAUACUGUGUGCAGUUGUCUGGUCAGUCUCAAGGAGGAUAUCCCAGAACUAGGGAAGGUGCAGAAAAAGGGUAACCCAAGUGGGGUUUUUUUUGGGGGGGAGGGACCAACUUUCUUACCAUGAAAGGCUAAAUCAGGAUUGGGGAACCUCAGGCCUGUGGGCCAAAUGUGGCCCUCUGGGCCUCUCCAUCCGGCCCUGGAAACUAUUCCCAAGCCACACACCCUCCCUAGCCAUACCCUUCACUGGCCUCGUUUCACAUCCACCUUGAGUGUUUUUGCCUGUCUGGAAUGUUUCCUUGAACUCUAUGACUGCGUCUUGCUUUCCCUAGAAGGAGGAUGAAGAGGGAGGCGUGUGGGUGCGUGUAGAAACUGUAUAAAGGUAAAAUGUACACUCAUUGCUCCAUCAGCUUUGGCCUCUGUCCCAUCCGCAGCUGGCAUAUGACUCAAGGUGGUUGCCCCGAAGAUAAUGCCCAUCUCAGACUAAAAAACAUUCCCCAUCCAUUGGGGUUUGUGUUUUUGUUUUUAAAGAUUACUUAGGCCCAUGCAUACACCAAACCUUUAAAGUACAUUUCCCUUCUCAAAGAAUCCCAGGAACUGUUAAGCGGGAUUGUAACUGUGUGAGGUACAGUUCCCAGGAUCCUUUUUUCCUUUAUUUGGGUGCAGAGAGUGUUUUAAAGGUAUGCUGCAUAUGCAACCUAAAAGGGAACGUAAUACAAAGUUAAUAACAUUAGGCAUGGUGUGGAGAAAAUUGGUCGUUUUAUUUUCCCCUUUCAUAAAACAUGAAUUCCCAGCCAGCCACCCAAUUAAGUUGAUUGGCAGUUCAGGGUUUCUAGUGGUUGUGAACUGGGUGUCUGGCCCAGAGUGUGUCACAGGAGAUGACAAUAUGCCUUAAGGAUUGCUUCCAAGGAUCUUCUCCCCUGGGAUUGCUUUCACAAAGUGUCUGCUCUUCCUCUCAUUUCCUUGUUGCAGCCCCAGAGGCCUCUGGGUGAUUUCAGUCCAGUGAUAGCAGGGCGAAGCGCCAGUCCCUUCCCACAGGAGACGGCAGAAAUGUUGCCUGCCUCUCAGCCAGAAACAAGGAGGAGAACCCUGCAAAGAACUCCCUCUAUCGGUAAGAUAUUUCAGGGGAGAGGGAAAAUCCUGGGUUCAAGAGGAGUCAGGGUGUCCCGUUUGAUAGUGGAUAAAGACUCUCCAUUCAGAAACAUUUUCCCAAGAUGCCUUGGAAUUCCUGAUAUAUGGGUAGGCAUGAUGUGUUUAGGUUCAUUGGAGACUAAUGUGAAGCAUAGGACCUGGACGCUUAAGAACCAUUGUAGUGUCAAAAUUAAGAGUGUUGGACUAAGACUGGCAAAACCCAUGUUCAAAUUCCCAGUCAGCCACCAUUAAGGUGACCUUGGACCAGCCCUUAUCUCUCAAACUAACCUACCAACUAACUAACAACCAGUGUGGUUGUGAGAAUACAAUGGUUGGAGGAGGAGAGAAUCAUGUAUGCCACAAUGAUCUCUAUAGAGGAAAUGUGGCAUUACAUAUAUGAGAGACAAAUAUGGCAGUUUAUCUAAUCCAUAGACCAAGGAUGAGGAACUUGGGGUCCUCUAGAUGUUGUUGGACUCCAGCCCCCAUCAGCCCCAACCAUCAUGGCCAAUGGCUACAGAUAACUGCAGUUGUUGUCCAACAACAUCUGGAAGGCCACAGCUUCUCCACCCCUGCCAAAGACAAAGUCCAGGGUUGUUUUGGGUUUUUUUACAGGUGUCAUUUGACCUAUUUAUGGAUAAAUUCAUGUGAACUAUAUAGCCCACUUUUCUAGCAAAGCUGGGAUCCUCCAAGAGAUCUUGCCUCUCAUAAUUUCUUGCAGGCUCUGUUUCCACCGGCCAACGUUCUCGUUCCAGCUCCUUUGGGGAGCAGGCAGCAGGAAGAGCAGAAGCUGGGGGCAAAGAGGGGAGCAGCAACAGCGUGCUGAGAGUCCAAGCCAUAGCCCCCCACUCUGCUGGUUCCAACCGGACCCUUUUGCAGUUCAGCAUUGGAGAUAUAGUCACCGUGCUGAUACCAGAAGCACAAAAUGGCUGGCUGUAUGGCAAGCUGGAAGGUACAUCCACGUAAGUCUGCUCAGACAUGGAUCUGUGAGAGUACAGUAAUAGGUUGAGGAGGUUCUUGGCUUUUAGGGCACUGGACCACGUAUUGAAAUUUGUAUCAUGCUUCUGAAUUUAUGCACACCACACAUGCUUUUCUUUGACUUGGAGCUUAUCUAGGGGAUCAGGUCAGAUUGGGGCUAUUGCACUUUACAGCCUCUGGACGCGGGUGGCACUGUGAUCUAAACCACUGAGCCUCUUGGGCUUGCCAAUUGCAUGGUUGGCGGUUCGAAUCCCCACUAAGCCCCCGUUGCUCUGUCCCAGUUCCUGCCAACCUAGCAGCUCGUAGGCACACCAGUGCAUGUAGAUAAAUAGGUGCCACUGUGGCAGGAAGGUAAACGGCAUUUCCAUGUGCUCUGGCUUCCAUCACGGUGUUCCGUUGCACCAGAAGCGGUUUAGGCAUGCUGACCUGGAAAGCUGUCUGUGGACAAACACCAGCUCCCUCGGCCUGAAAGUGAGAUGAGCGCUGCAACCCCAUAGUCACCUUUGACUGGACUUAACUGUCCAGGGGUCCUUUACCUGGACCUUUUACCUUUUUACAGCCUCUGGAGUAAGCGUAGGGAACCUUUUUGACCUGCUGUGUGAGAUCUUUAUCUCCCCACCAUCCUAGUUUUUUCAAGGAUUGGCUGUGUGAACAACCAACCAGCCACAUCUCUAUCUGACCCACUUCUGAAGUCAGUGUGAGGCAGGUGUGUGUGAUUUGGGGGGAAAUGGCCUUGCAUGCCGAAUUUCACCCAUGGGUUCAUCAUCCGUGCUUUACAAGAAGGAAGGGGAAUCUGUGACUCUUCAGAAGUUGUUGGAUUCCAACUCCCAUCAGCCCCGGCCAGCAUGACCCAAUGGUCAGGGAUGAUGGGUCUGGUAGUACAACAACAUGUGGAGGGCCACAGAUUCCCCAUUCCUGCUUUAUAGGAUAGUCCUAGAUAGCCCCAUGUGGGGAAAGGGAGAGUCAAUGACAGUUUACCAUUGUAAAUUUACCUUUAUACUUUCGUUUUGCUGCCUGGGAACGUAUUUAUAAGAGCAAGUAAAUAUGGAGGAAUUAUAGUGAUUUCUCCAGGUCCAGGUUUCUGAGUCUUAAAAACAAAACAAAACAUCUAAACUUAGUGCAAGAGAUUCAGACUUUUUGAUCGUCACAGCAUCUCAUCAGUUCAGUCUCAUUAAAUGCAGAAUGAGAGCAGGGCUCCUAGACCUGUAAUUAAUAACUGUAUCUUCUGUAUCCCUUAUAUUAUAGAGAGCCUGAGGAGCUAACUUCCCAUAAUAAAAGGUGUGGCAAUAAUGGACAUAAAAGGUGACUGUUGUCAUGUGCUUUUGGUUUCAGGAGUGGCUGGUUUCCUGAAGCUUUCGUGAAGCCACUGAAGGAGGCGAGAGACCCUGAGGAGACCACCCCCAGGUGCUGUGAACCUGAGUUGCAUCCAUGGUGAUAUUCAUACAUGCUGUUCUUUGCUCUUGGGCAAAGCCUUGUUGAAUGUGCCCCCAUAAAUUAACUCAUGGAUUGAAAUAAGUUUAAAAAGCAGCAGAUAUAUACAGCUAGCAUCAAAAGCAAAACAGGUCAGCCAAAGUUGAAAAGACUGGAGAAAUGGGAAAUACAAGUUUUUGCUCAGCUCUGGAAAGACGUCAGCGGUUGCCCAGCAAGCCUUUCCAGGAAGAACAUUGCAAAGCGACUGAAAAGGCUGCCUCCCUGGUGCUUGUUAGGCAUGCCAUUUAUUUAUUUGGAGAAUUCCUGUGGAAUUCUUGGAAUAAAAUCCUUUGUAUGUUCAUUAGCCUCUGGCGGGAAUUUCAGUGUAAAUGCUGGUAUAUGUGGAGACAGGUGGUCCUUCAGGUACUCUGGCUCCAACCAGUCAAGGCCAAAGAAAUAAAUAAAUGUGCCCCCUGCACCCCAACAGCUUUUGCCAGCCUUUCUUUCCCCUUCCUUCUCAGAAUGUUUCCUCUGCGGAGCAGUCGCAGCGUAGACGAGCUCCUGGAUCGGCCCAGCACCCCAUCGGCCAGCAAUUACUGGCACAACCCCAGCAGACCUCAGUCUCCAGGUCCUUCUCCUGCUCUGCUGGGGGCAGGCAGCCGCCGGAGCAGCUCAUCCAGUGCCGCAGCCACCUCAGACUCCAAGGUAAGUGCUUAUGCCAUUUUGGGGUGUUUGGGAAACCUGUUUGGGGGUUGGGAGACAGGAACAGAGCAAUAGAUUUGGAUGAAUUAAUGAUGCACAACAGGGUUGAGGAACUUGUGGCCCUUCAGAGGUUGUUGGGCUCCCACUCCAGCCUAAGGUUCCCAGAUUUUUUUCAAUGAAUCCUUAACCAACCAGUUUCCAGGAUUCUUUGGGGAAGCCAUAUUCAAUAGAUGUGCUUUAAAUGUAUAGUAUGGACCUGCCUGCAGCAUAACAUGAGUGAAUGGAUGUGCAUGGUUUUAAAAAGGUAACCAGUGGUCCAAGCAGCAACCACAAAGGGUGUGGAGGCAGAGUUUAUUCCUUCUCCUGUUCCUAAUGAAAAUCAUCUCCCCUGAAGCUGCUAUUUGCUUCAGUCAGGAAGCAUCUGUUGGACCAAUGGAGGCUUCCCUUCUGAUGCAAACAGGACAUGAUUUCAUUUGUGGAAUUAACAUGGCAUUUAGAAAUCCCCUGCAAUUCUCUGUUAGACGUCCUAAUAGACAUCUCAGUACUUCUGCAAUUCCUCCCGUUACAUCUGCUUAUUGUCCUCACUCAGGACAGUCCUUCUCUGAGAUGUUCUUCUCUUUCAGUUUACAGUAGCCACCCACAACCUCAAAGGAUAGCAUCCCAUGCCACCCUCAUCCAUAGCCACCUUGGUCCCUUACUUUGCUACCUAGACAGAGGGAGCAUCUCAGUCCCUUCUCUUUCGCUUCCCAGGGUCCCUUCAGUUCACUCCUCUUCUCCAUGACAUCUCAGCCUGAUUUCUGGUGGCUCCGGGGCAGCAGCUCUUUCUGCUAACAGUAGGACGCUGAGUGUUGAACGUGGGCUUGGGUGGGGCCACCUGGCCAACUGAUGGAGAAGCCUUCCUUUUCUCUCUUCCUCUGCUGAGCAUUAUGGAGUGUCUCUUCCAAAGGGGCUGUCUUGGAAGCAAAAGGAAACUAGUGUUGUGGUCUGGCGGAUUCUCAGCUUCUAGGAAUGGAAAACACAAGGGGGUUGCUGCUUGCUGUGGAUUGAGAGUUUGGCCAUGUUCACACGAAUAGUUACUGCAAUUUAACAAAUGCACUUUAUGAAAUAAAAUAUGUCCUUUACACUCCCAUGUUCAUACUGUUACAAAAGUUGGACUCCACUGGAACAGUUGACAUGAGGAAAGUACAUUGGCUCCCGGUAUGUUUUUAAGCACAAUUCAAAGUGUUGGUGCAAAUAUCUGAAGAUAGCCCUGUUUAGGGAAGUUUUUAAUGUUUGAUCUUUUAUCGUGUUUUUAAUAUUCCGUUGGGAGCUGCCCAGAGUGGCUGGGGAAACCCAGACAGAUGGGUGGGGUAUAAAUAAAUAAAUUAAUAAUAAUAAUAAUAAUAAUAAUAAUAAUAAUAAUUAACAACUCCCUGGUUAAAGAAGAUUAAUAACUUACCCUGCACUGUUAAAAGACAAAUACUUCAUCUUCCUCUCCUUGGCUGCCAAAGUAGCUCUCAGCAAUAUUUAUUUAUUUAUUUAUUUAUUUAUUUAUUUAUUUAUUUAUUUAUUUAUUGCUGCUAUGACAGGAAGUGCCCAGAUGGUACUGGGACCAUUUUUUUAAAAAAUUGAGAAUGACCAGAAAACACAAUAAUGAUUGAUUACGGAGCUAAAGCUCAGUUUCAGUGCAUAGGGGUGUAUCCAUUGCUGCCUUUCUGCACCCUGAAAAUCUACUCCAGAGAGUUGAAGAAAUUUGGGAGGGUGCAUGCAAUGGAGGAAGAGGAAGUCCACAAAUGCUGGACACCUUAUGCAGCAGGUCUCGGAAGUACCUCUGUCUUGGAGAGCUGUUGCCAGGUAGAAUACACUUAUGUUGGGCUAUGGCGACAAAAGACUCCACCCAGUUUGGCAUUUGUGGGCCAACUUGUCAUUGAGUCAAUAAUAAUGCAUUGGUUGUGGAAUUAUACUGGACCAUCCACACAACGUUCCAGUUGCUCUGUGAUUCUUUCCCAGUGUUAUUGUAUUAUGGCCACCUGGAGGGGCACUACAGCACGACAAAAGCAGAGCAAAAAUUCAACAACCUUGGAAUGUAAAAAGUUACAGAAUUUCAGCAGGAAAUGCACUGAUUGGAAAGAAAGCAGUAUGUUUGCCUGGAAAUUUAUGCAGGCAUAAUCAGUAUUGAAAGUGGAGUCAUGUAUAACUGUCCUGAUCAUGAAUGCACAAGGCUUCUUACCUUUAUACAUAUGACAGGCAAUAGGUAUUACAAAUAAAUAAACAAAAUAUGAGUAACAGAAGAACAUAUGCCAAUGAAAACCAGUCCAACCUCUGGAAUAACCACACCUGGAGGGCCUAAUGCUGUUUCUUUCUGUUCGUGUGAACACAGCCUUGGGUGUGUUGCUGAUGUGUUUAGACAACUAGAGAGCUUGAACAGACGAGAAAGCAUUCCCAGGUCACAAUCUCCCAUGUGUGGAAGAUCUGGAUUUCGUAAGCUUACCAUGUGUAGGAGGGAUUCUGACAUGACUUCCCUUUUCAGACAAGUUUUCUGGACUUGCAGCAGAGGUCCCUUUUGCUCAGAUUGGAGGAGGCCAUUCUGUGAUGAAUGAGUCUUGCCAUCCGUGUUUCAGUAGGCAAGUCUUUCUUGAGCAGGAGUAGCUAACUUGUGACUGACAUUGCUGAACUGUAUAUCCCAUCAUUCCCAGACUGCAUGGCCAAUGGCCAGGGCGAUGGGAGCUGGAGUCUAACAAUAUCUGGAGGUCCAAAGGUUAGCCACUUCUGUUCUACAGGCUUCUUCCUCUUCCCCUGGGGGAUGUAACCUCCAAUAUAGGAAUAUAUGCAAACUGAGCAAGCAAACACACACCCUCAGUAAAUUUCAUUGCAACAACUGAACAGUAAUUUUUUUUUAAAAGCAAAACUAUAAACUCUGAACAACCUGGUUUGAUAUUGAGUGGAAUGGAUCAGCGAAUGUAAAUUGGAGGUUGCUUUUUAAAAAAAUUUGGGUUGGAUGUGUAUUGGAUGCGCUUCUGACCUGCUGCCAACCAUUAGUGCAGACACCACUUGAACCUAUACAUGUCUGUGUGUUUCGCAUGUCCCUUCCUUUCUCAUUUUGUCUCUGUUGAAAAUUCAUAAGGUAUUGUUUCUCUCAGCCUUCACCUUUUUUUCUUUUCUUUUCUUCUUCACUGCAGAAGCCAGCAGGGAGGGAACAUCAUCCAGAACUGUUUCCCAGGUAAAUGUUUGUGUCCUUUUUCUCCUGAACAAUGUACUCCCUGCAUAUGUUAAGGCCAUUUCUUUUAAGAGAUGCUUUUAACUAUAUUUAUUCGGACUAUGUGAUGAUGCCACAUCUCACUCACUCAUCGGGGCAGGGAGUCGUUUUCAGCUUGAGGGCCACAUGGCUUUCUGGGGUCCACAUGUUAAUGGUGGGUGUGGCCUGUAGACUAGUUUCUACACAAACAACACACCCACACACACCUCUAGCCUAGCCUCCUUCCAGGCAAGUGAGUGGCAUUAUCAGAGCUCAAGAACACAUCCCAGUCAUGCAAAACACAGCCAAGGAAGGUAGGCAAGGGCUGUGGUCUGGGGAGAAGAGGUGCAGUUUGGGAAGGGAUAUGGGCUGGGGAGUCUCAAGGGCCAAAUGGAAAGAACUAGAGGGCCACAUUCAGUCCUUGGGCCUGAGGUUCCCCACCCCUAUUACACACAUUCAAAGAGUAUUAUUUUGUCCUCUUAGAGCUACAUACCCUCCAACAUUUCUACAAUGAAAUUAGGGACGUCCCAUUCCAUAAUGAUAAUUUUACUAUUUAUACCCCACACAUCUUACUGGGUUGCUCCAGCCACUCUGGGCACCUUCUAACAUAUAUAAAAAAACAUUUAACAUAAAAAAACCCCUUCCCUAUACAUGAUUGCCUUCAGACAGCUCAAGGGUUGGAUAACUCCAAUAUCCUCCAACAUUUCUCCAAUGAAAAUAGGGACAUCCCAAGGAAAAGUGGGACACUGCAGGAUCAGAUUGGGAACUUGGAUGGCUUCUGUAAAUGAGGGACGUCCCUGGAAAAUAGGGACACUUGGAGGGUCUGGAGUUACAAUACCCAACACUUCCCAAUGCAGGAGAUGUCCAGUUGACCUAAUUCAAUGGACAGUCCAGUUGACCUAAUUCAAUGGUGAUGUUUAAUGAUUUAUAAUGUAUAUCACGAAAAGAUGGACCUCAUUCAGAUAUUCAUAGAUUAAUAGUCUGAGAUGAAGGAGCCUUUUGGCUGCCCAGGCAGCAGAGCCUUCAAGCAAACCCUGAUCAAAACAGGAAUGAUCUAGUUCACCAUGUUUCCCCAUUUCAUCUGAACUAGAAAACUACAGUCACCAGCUUUGGAACAAGCCAGGAUAUUAAAGCACAGUGGUUUGAUACCCUGAAUUGUUCCAGAACUGUCUAGUAACAAUAGUUUCGCUGUUUGGCUAAAACGGAAGCUAAGGUUAAUGAGAGACUUCCUGGCUCACACAUGGCUUGUGUAAAGGGGCUUGUUCACAUCUAACUUAUUAAGCCCAGAAUAUGAUGAUGAUGAUUUAUUAAAUUUGUAUACCACCCUUCAUCCGUAGAUAUCAGGCCUGCUCACAAUAUAGAAUUACAAUAUUAGAAACAUAAAACACAUAAUAAAAAUAAGAAUAAAGAUAACCCAAUAAUUCUCCUCCCAUAACACAUUUAAAAGGGCAUCAGAAAAGGCCACAGCAGAAAAGGCCUGUUCUCAUGUUGCCACCAUAUGGACCUCUCGUGGAGGACCCUCAGACGAUGAUUUCAGGGUCUGGGUAGGUUCAUAUGGAGAGAGGCGGUCCUUGAGAUAUUGUAGUCCUGAGUGUCCAUCGAAACUAGGACACUCUGUGAAAGACCAUAUCCAUAGCUGUCAACUUACAGAUUUGAAAAUAAGGGACCAGCAGCCUCGAAAAUAAGGGAUCAGCAGCCAAAAUAAGGGAUUUUCCGGGCACAGGUAUGUUCGACUUCUGAGCCCCUCCGAGCCAAAGGCAGAAAGCCCAGCCAGCAGCCAAACGAAGCCUCAAGCGGUGGUUCCCACAGCGCAGCAACCCAGCAAAGGGGAUGCAGCAAGGAAAACCACCGUCACCUCUCCGCUGGGAAGCGCUGAGCAAAGGCGAGUCCCCAGGCAACGUGGCCGAUUUGAUCGGCACAAGGCAUGCAAGCUCCACCCCCCAGUCGUUCUUAGACUCCUUAUUGGGUGAGCAAUGCAGCCAAGCAACACAGUUGGAGCCUCCUUCCUCCCUGGCUGGCAGGCAGGGAGGGAGAGGAGCUGCUUCCUUUGAAACCCGGGAAAUUUAAGGGACAUCAUCAAUAAGGGACAGCAGCGGGACACGGCGCUGACAUAAGGGAGUUUCCCGCCAAAUAAGGGACAGUUGACAGCUAUGACCAUAACUGGUAAUAUCUGACCAUAUCUAUUAACCUAGUAAUUCAUCUGACACCAGGCACUUUUCUGAGGACCACAGAUUGUAUCCAGUGUGUUGGUAGCCUUUAUGUUGUAAUGGAGUUAUGUGGCUGGCUUGAAUGCGUUUCCAAAAAUUUAAUAUCCACCUUUCUUUUUCUUCUUCCUAGAGGUACCAAUCCUUUCGCUACAGUCAAAUUGCGCCCAACGGUGACCAACGACCGAUCGGCACCCGUCAUCCGGUGAAAGCCAGCUAUGGUUUGGGGAGGGUGGGUGGCUUGCACAGAAAGUUGUCUUUAGCCUCCUUUUCCAUGUCUGCUCAUGUUGUAGUGGUCAAUAGGUCCCGAGGUCAUUUUGUUUUGUUCUUUUAAGGCUCCCCCCCCAUCUGUGCAAAAGGUGCGUUUCUUUCCCAUUUGUAGCGUGCAUUUUGCCAGGUUGUGCUCUGCGCUACAAUUUCCCUGCAAACUUUGUGCAAACGGGUGAGGAUGACCGUGAACAGGCUGUCUGGAAGUGACUUUGGACUGGGCAGAGAAACAACUGCUUCAGACUGAAGAUCGAGAGACAUUACAGCAGAGAGCAGUCAUCUGGUGUAGGACAUAAGUAGGGCACUCUAGGAAGAGCCCUCAGAACGAGUCUGUGGAAAAGCCUUCAGAAAUCUUCUGCUGGAUACUUGGUUGAUUUCAUGCCCACACGGACAGCUCAGGAGAUACUGGUCAACAUGAUAUAAUCCAAGCCAGUCAUGACUGCCGUACAAAACAUCUUGUUCUAAAACCAUUGAGGGGCACCAUUAAUGUUCAAUGGUCAGUCAGUAAAUCUAUGUGGAAGUCGGUCUUGAGAGACUGUCAUGUAAACUUCCUUGCUCAGGUAACUUGCAGAAUUGUCUGCUCCUCACCGCUGGUAGAUUUAAAAGGUAUCCUUGUUUGAAGACGCCUGGAUUUCCUCUCCCACACCCAUUCAUCACAGACCACUGUGCUACCAGUUUUGAUAAGCACAACUGGGAAUAGUUCUAAAAUUGCUGAGGAGAGCUAGCUGAACUGCAUUAUUUCACACACACCCAAUAUGUUUCUGUAAGCAGCACUAACAGAAAUGGGGUUUUUUUUGGGGGGGGGGAGAAAGAAAAGAAAGAAAGAAUAAAG